ACAGAUAAAAUCAGCACUAAAGCGAAUUAGCCAGUUUGAACAGUGAGUUCAAAUCUGCAGCAGGUUGUUAAAGGUUAAGAGUUGAUAAAAAUGACUCCGGUCUGACGUGAUUUACAGCGUCAUGGAAUAUCCAAUGACCGUGCAUCCGGUGCAGGAGCCCACCCUGGACAAAGAUGGAGGGAUCGCUUCCAUUGGCAGCAUGCAGAUGUUCCAAGUGUCCCUGGACCUGCUCUCCUGCCUCUGGGCUCUGGAGGUUUGAGGCUCUGCUGAAGAUGGCUCCUCUGACAGUUCCCGUGUUAUCAGCCGUCAUAUGACUCUGUGUCAUCGUCAGCUGUGAAGACCUGGGGGGGCUAAGGUGUUCCUCUGUAGAGAUGCUGAGAGGAGAACCGAAUGAUUUGGACCUAAGAGGCCUGACCCCACACUUCACCCACAAGCCCAUCCUGACGGCCACGAGAAGCAUUUUCUCAAAGUUAAUCUCACAGCAGCUCAAUUCACUCUGACCACUACCUGUUGAACCUGAGCAGCAGGUCAGAGGUCAGAGGUUGCUCAGCAGAGGAUGUAGAAGCACGAGUGUGAUGUGUGCCUCAGGCUGAAGCAGCAGAAAACCUGAACGUCUGUUAUUACGAGCACACUGUUCUCUGCGAGUUGGUCAGCACCUGUGCCGACAUGUUUGCUUCUCCAACAUGAGGCUCCUCCCCUUUGUUUUUCUGUUCAUUUUUAUUAGUAUUUACAAGUCUAAACCAGCAAACCCAACCAGAGCCCUGCUCCUAAACACCUGCCCCGUCACCGUGACUGCAGCGCUGGCACUUCACCACCAGGUGUGACUGUUUGGUCUCUGAAGGUUUCCUCUUACAGGUAACUCUUUAAAUCUCACACCUCCACCAUCUGAUUGGAUGCUGAUGGAUCCUUUGCUGGUGAAAUCCUCGGCAGAGGGCGUGGCUUCAGAAGCUGCAUUCACAGUCACCCGAAGUUCUGCAGAAGUGGAGUUUGAACAGUUUGAACUUUACGCACCUGCAGAAAGAAUUUUACAUGUUUUUAAUGCUGAAACAAAGCUUUUAUUCUGAAAAUCUGAAUCAGUUUUACCACUAAAGCACUCAGAGACAGAAACGAUGAUAAUCUGACAGAUGAAACUAUCGCUGUGAGAGGCGAACGCUGUCAGCACUCCAGCCCCAGCUGCAGGGGUGUGGAUGCUGAACGCAGCCCUGAGCGUUGGCUCAGCAGACAGCUUUCUGACCUCUGGACUCUCCAGAAGCUUCGCAGAGGAACCGUCGACCGCUCUCUGCAGGUGCAAAGUGCUUCAGAGGAAACACCUCAGGGGCUGAAACAGGACCAGGAUGUCUGCAGGAGGGGAAGCAGCUGAUGUGGUGUACUGCCUGGCCCAGGAGCAGGACUUCCAGCAGGUCCCAACAUUUUUCCAUUAAUAGUCACAUGACUCUCUAAAGAUCACCGGUCAGAGUGUGAGAUGUGAACUCAGUGAAUGCACACUGAUAGGACGACUGACCGCGGCUGCUCGAGCGGUUCUCUUCGCCUUUAUGGCGUUUGCUCCAUAAAACAUAUGAGGUGAAGGAGUGCACGCCGCUGCAGCACGCUGCAGCACGCCGCUGCAGCACGCCCGCUGCAGCACGCCGCUGAACAGCUUUAAAAAACUUUGAACAUCACAUAAUUUACUGCUGUGACUAACUAAAAAACCUCAUUGCCUCAUUUCCUGUUUGCUUCGGCGCUUUGUCAUUUCUCACAGGGACAAAGGACACACAUGAAUUGCAGGAGUCACAAGUUAGAAUCGAUACCUGAAGAAAAUCUGAGCAGUUAAAUAAGAUCACAGUGAUAAACUCUGAGCACCUCAGACAGACGACGCGUUCAGAGCUGAUUUAAAGGUCUAAAGGGGUCUCCGUGGGGACAGACAGAGGCGCGGACCCUUUAGUUUCAGGCGAGGCAGGUUGCUGGGAGCAGCGAUGACCUCUGACCUGUGGUUAACCUGGGAGAUGUCGUGGAGGUGAUUGAUGGAGGGCUUUAACAGCCAAACUUAAAAUCAGUGCUGAGCGUCACGGACCCGUGUGUCGUCGUUUGCUCUGCGCCAAUUAGAAGUUGUCCUGAACAUCUGCACGCCUGAGGACUACAACGGGCUCGAUUACAUGGCCGCCUUCUUUCACCGCUGGCUGCAGGAGCCUGGACGCGUCGUCUUCAUCGCCCGGAUCGACGGCAGAGUGGUGGCGCUGGAGUCUGCGCUCCUGGUGGAUGGCGGUCAGACGGCAGUACUUCAGGGGCGCAGGGUGGUGUCCGAUCUGAGGGGCAGCGGCAUCGCCAGCGCCCUCCAGAUGCAUGUGACCAACUACGUCCGCCACUACUACCCAGAAGUCUCUGCUGUGAGGCUGAGCCGAGGAGACAAUCCUUCAGUGAAGACGCUCGCCAAGUACAGGCUCAUCGCAAAGGAGGCCAUCUUUUCUUUGUGCUGUGAGGCGGUCAACCUGGGCUCCUUCAUCACUGAGCUUCGAUCCAAACAUCCGCUCCACGCCGACUCCUCCUGUGGUCCGGUCACGCUGAGCUGGCGGCAGGCUGAGACGCUGGUCCUGUCCGACCACGUGGUUUCCAACCUGCUGCCCGGCAAAACCGUCAUCAACGACUGGGAGCCCUUGAAGCCGGUGGAGGCCAACCUGGAGGUGCUGCAGCGCAGAGGCCUAACGUGGAUCGUAGACCGUGAGUUCGAGCCCGCUGCCCUCAGUCUGGGCACGCCACCGUAUGCCGUACCCUACCGCCACAAUGCCAUGCGCCUCAACAUCAACAUCUUUGGCCGCAGUCUGACAUCGGUGUGCGCCGUGUUUCUGGCACAACUGGAAGCUUUCCUGCCGAGUCUUAAAGGUUACCUGGUCUGCCACACCUACGUGGAUCCUGGGCUGUGGACGGGCUUACGUCAGUUCUGUCAGAACGAUGCAAACGUGUCAUUUUUUAAGGACUACUGGGAGGAAGUCAUACUGGAGACAGACCUCUGACUGGCCUCGGCGUGACAGCUUGAAUGCUGGCGGAUAUUUUGACCUCUGCCAGGAUUCCUUCAAACACUUCCAAACCUUUUGUCCUGGAUUCCCAGGAUCCCAUGAGGUUCCACAUGCAGGUUUAAUUAAAUGUUAUAAGUUUGUUUAGAAGCACUAGUGUGAGUUUUAACAAUUCAAUAGGAAAUCAUCAUCGUCACUCAGAGGUAACCGCUAGCAGCUGAGAGAACCUCGGUUCUAGGUCAGCUGCUAGAGGUUGUUGUGGAGUUUCAGCACGUUUCAGAUAUUUUCCAUUUUUCCAAACGUUCAUAAGUCACGUGUGACAAUCGGGACGGUUUCUCUGUUCUUGGAGGAUUGAAUUGGCUUCGUGAGGACUUUCUUCAUCCUUGAACGGUUAACAGCGGUGCCUCAAACGGCUCCUUGCACUGACGCGUACCUACGAGAAGAGUUUUCUCUGCUAAACAAAGCUUCGUGUUUAAAUCUAAGACACCGUCUGAUGGACAUAAAGUGAUUUUUACUGUCUGCGUGUGACAGACGCAGCAGUGUUGACAGGCUUGUCUUUGUAUGGAAGAUAAGGUUUGUUUAUGAUCUCAUGUGAUGCACCUUUACCUGACGCACACCUUUAUGUUCACCUGCUGACCCACGCAUGAAACGUUCUUAAAAUUCUGACUGUGUCGAUAUGUAAUCACCAGGUUGUUGCUGCUUGAAUAUAAAUAAAAUCAGAUAUUUGAAUCUUGA